AUGUCGACACCGACGACGGCAGCCAGGGACCGCCGCAUCAAGCGGUCGGCGGCAGGAUGGUCCGACCUACCGGACGACCUGCUCGGCAUUGUCCUCUCCAGGAUCGGCGCCUCCCCGCGAGACCGUGUGUGCUUCGCCGCCGUCUGCAGGGCGUGGCGGGAGGCCGCGCCACGGCACCCGGUGCCUGCCGCCGCCCCGAUGCUGCUCCUCUCGCCGCUGCAGCCGGCGACGAGGCACCUGUGCUGCCCGGCCGGCAGCUGGGCCUUCCGCGUCCCCAGCAAGCUGGCGGCCAACAAGAGGUUCGUCGGAUCCCACGACGGCGACUGGGUCGCCGCGGUCGACGACCACGAUCUCGUGAUCGUGAACCUCUUCUCGGGCGACCAGGUGCCGCUCUCCCCGCAGCAGAGCGAGGUUUCCUCCAUAGGCUCUUCCAGCAGAUUCUGGUUCCUGCAUCACAACAACUCCAAGAUCAUCUUCUCCGGAGACCCCGCCUCCGCGGACGGCUGCAUCCUCGUCGCCCUUACAAAUGGGGCGCUCCACAUCACACGGUGCGGAGCUGGACGCCUGGACGGCGUGUGGAGCACGCAUCGUUGGCCCUCGGAUUCCUCCAUCAGGGAUAUUGUCUUCUGCAACGGCCAACUCUAUGGUCUUACUUAG